AUGAGGUUUAUCAGGGGGAAUCCAGUACUCGAGGUCCUUCUGGGUGCAACCUGUGGAGGAGUGCUGGUACUACUGGUGAGUUGGUUACAAGGUGCCCGGAUGCCUUUGGAAGGUCCAACAUAUAGCCGCAGGACUAAAGAUACGCUGAUUCCCACCUUAGAGGAGUUCACGUGGCAAGCCCAGUUUCCGCUCCCCCUGGACAGAGAAUCCACCCAAGUCUUCCCCUUCCUGCUCAACCACCCAAACAAGUGCAAAGUUUUUGGGGGGGCGCCCUUCUUGCUGAUGUUGGUGAUGACUCAGCCCCAGGACCAGGUUCUGAGAGAUGCCAUCCGGCAUACAUGGGGAAAUGAAACCAUCGUACCUGCUGUGAUCAUCCGACGCCUCUUUCUAAUAGGCCUGUCCUCUGACUUCUCCUACCACCACCUGCUAGAAGAAGAUGAAAAGCACGGGGAUCUCCUUCAGGUGGGUUUCCUGGAUACCUACCACAACCAGACCCUCAAAACCCUUAUGGGACUAGAGUGGGUGGCCCAAUUCUGCCCCAUGACCUAUUAUGUGCUUAAGGUAAAUGGAAAUGUCUUCCUGAACCCCCGUUUCCUGGUGCAGGUGAUACUGAAGCCUGAGCAGCAACGCCGGCCAGACUUCAUCACUGGCUGUAUCUACAGAAAUAGAAUCCCCAUUCGAAGGCAGUCUCAUCCUCAGUACAUGCCCCUAAACAUGUUCUCCCAUGCCAGGUACCCACCUUACUGCUGCAGCCCUGGCUAUGUGCUAUCUGGACCCCUGGCCCUUAAGGUUCUCUCCAUUGCCCGGAGAGUGCCAGCUGUCCAUCUGGAAGACGUCUUUGUGGGGCUGUGCCUGCACCAGCUGAGAGUGGAACCCACUCCCAGUCCCCCCAACACCUUUCUGAUGUUUGGUAGAUUAUACAAUCGUUGUGACUUCCGAGGCUUUGCCCUGGUCCAUCCCUUCAAGCAUCAGGAGCUUCUUCUAGUCUGGCCAGACUUUCAGAAAGCCAAUACCCCCUGUCCACUGGAGUGA